UUUAUUUUUGUCCAAAAACAAAAACUAAAAGAGAAUCGGGAGAGUAUCGGAGCAGCGAUCACGGAGCCAGUAUCUUCAUUCUCUGAUUCAACCUAUACAUACAACCAACACAAAUAUACACACACACUUUGCAACUGAAUUUUAUCAAACUGAAUCAUAAUGCGAAUGUGACAACUGCGCAACAGCUAUUUUGUAUCCAACGAGCAAAGCUUCUGUUGAAUAUUCAUAUUACACACAAUUUCUGAAUCUAUAGUAUUUGAUUCAGUUCGUUGGAGUUCACAACAAGGUCAGAGUACCAAUUUCAUGCUUCAAUCAAGUUCAAUUUUGUGUUCGCAAGCUUAAAUCUGUUCAAUGUGUGUUGUGUUGUUGUAAUUGCUUGUGUGUAUAGUUUGAAGUUGAAAUUGUAGUGUUUGAUCUAUUGUUGUUGUUUAAUAUGUGGCGGAGAUUGUUUGUGGUUUGAGUUUGUUAGUUUGAUUGAAUCGAGGUUUUUGUUGGAGUUGUAGGGAGGUGUUUAUUGUGGUUGCGGAUGAUGUGUGUUGAAUUUAUUGGAGUUUGAUGCAUUGUGGUUUCCUGUUUGGGUGAGUUUUUGGUUUCGGUGGAUCGGAAUUUAAAUUUCGAGGAAGUUUGGUUUUGGAGGGAGAGUUAGUUGGGAAUUGUCUACACUGUUGUAUGAUUAGGUUGUUUUUAAUUUUAUUGUUGGUUUUGGUACAGUGUUAGUAGUGGUGGUGAGGUUAGAGUUCUGAUUUGAAGAUGAAGCGAAACCCUAAACGAGGGUGUUGAAGUAGGAGUUUGAGAUUUUAUACUGUAGGAUCGGGGGAAAGUGUUAUAUUAAAUUGUUCUGUACAGAAUUGAUGCGUUGAAAAUGCAGACAAUACGUCAGCACGAACGGAUCAAUCUUGCUGGACUGAAAGCAGAGAUAGUAAGGAAGAUCGGGCCAGAGAGGUCUAAGCAUUACUUUAAGCUUUUGGAUAGAUUCUUGAAGUUAAAAGUGAACAAGGUUGAGUUUAAUAGGAUAUGUAAAGGGAUUGUUGGUAGGGAGAAUAUUCCACUGCAUAAUCAGUUCAUUUGUUCUAUUCUCGAAAAUGUUUAUACAGCAAAAGUACCACCUUUGGCCAAUGGAGUGGAUGUUCGAAAGGCUGCUGUAGUUGUUGAUUGUAAAGAGCCUUUAGGUGAUGUUCGUGAACAAAAUGGAUUUCAUCCAGUUAUAAAUCAGCCUCAAAAUCCUUCAUCUUUGUCAAAUGGUAGCAUACUGCCAUUAUCACCGAAGAAGGCUAGGACAGGAAUUCGAGAACGGAGAGGUGGGGAUCGACGUAGUGCUCUUGGUGCUAAUGGAAAGGCACAACAACCACUGGUUACCCAGUGUAGUGAUUUUAGGGUUGCUUCAGAAAAUGGUGAAUUUAUUACACCUAAUAGGACAGUGCAGCAGCAUCAAGGACUCAAACGUCAAGCGGACAAAGACACGCAACUUUUAGAUGACCAUCCAGUAAAAUUGUCUAAAGUAUCUGCAGUUGGUACAAUUUCUGUACACAGCACGGACCAGACUGAGUUAAUAGCUAAGAAAGAUGUGACAGAGGUAUCUGCUAGGAGAUUACUUAACCCCCCGCUUGGCAUUCCAUCUUCUGCUGCUAGUACAGGUGGAGCCCGCAAGCUAGUGCCUUUAGCUAGCAGCAGUAAAAUUCUUAGUUCAUUUGACAGUGGUGAUUUGAUGGAUACUGUUACAUUAAAGGAACACAUGGAGCAGAUAGCUACAGCAAAUGGCCUUGAAGGGGUAUCAAGUGAAAGCGCUGAAAUUCUGAACAAUGGUUUGGAAGCUCACUUGAAGGGUUUAGUUAAGUCUUGUCAUGAACUAGUGGCAGCAAGGUCAGGGCUUUUUCAAUCAGACCACAUUUCUCAGAAGCAUCAGGUUCAUUUAAGGACGUUUAAUGGUUAUAGACCUGGUUACCAUUAUCCGACACAAAGUAGCAGUAGUCCUUCAGAAGUUACGCAUGAACAUAGACCCCGUUGUCCAACAUCUUUGCUAGAUUUCAGAACUGCGAUGGAGUUGAAUCCACAGCAGCUUGGGGAGGACUGGCCCUUGUUGCUGGAGAAAAUACGGGCACAUGCAGAUGAGGAAGAGAUGUAAGACUACUAUUCUAUUGUCUACUUCUCGGAUUUGAAGUGGUAGGUUUAUCGAAAGAUAUAUAGGUUUACUCAUGCCCUGGCCAUUCUUGAUGCCUUGACUUAAUUCCAUGACCUUGUGGACUAGUCUAAUUCAAAUGGCUUUUCUAGGGGAAACCGGUGCAUCAAAGCAGUAAUGUAUGUAUUCUCCUUCUAAAGAGCUUCACCUCGUUCUGAUGCUGCAUGAAUCAGCAGCAAACAGUGACAAUUGAAGAAAACAACUCCAUUGGUUGCUCUGUUCUGGGACAUACUUAUGCGAAGUCCCAAGGCUCAGGAUCGGUAGAAAGUUAUCAAUCUUAUUCUAGGAGAAAGACAAUUUUAGUUUGGGCUCUCAAAGAGGUUGAAUCUCAUAUUGCAGACGUCAAUCUUCCAGUUUUCUGGUUGAAGCUUCUGUAAGUGUUCUGAUUGCCAUCUUCAUUAUGAUCUAUUUGAUGUUCUGUUAUUCUUUCUUCCAUCUGCUCUAGUACGCGCUUUAGACAUGCUUUUUUAUGACUGAAAAGUUCUAUCAACUUCUAAGUGAAAUAAUAUGAAGGUUUAAUCAUUUUGUGAGCUCUUCUUAUGAGCUCUUCUUAUGUCUUAUAACAGUUCUUUCUCCAUGUAUUUUUCUUAAAAUAGUUCUAUACAUUACAUAUGAGUUGGUGCCAUAAUGGAAGAUAACUAAUUUUAAACAUAUCCUUGUACCUGAACAUGUGAUACCACUUGGUGCCCUAUUUAAUUACUGUAACUCGCAAUUAAAAAAAUAUGAAUAGAAUUGUCCAGGUUUGCAUCAAUAAUAACCGUGACCUUGGAAAUAGCAUUUGUCAUGGAUCAGCUUUACAAGGCUAGGUCUAAUACUCAACUUUAAGUAAUUGUGGUUGAGUAUAUGUGUGUUGCGCUUACUACCCCGUCUCUCUUUAUCUUCAUAUCAAAAAUCUUAUUUGGGCUGAAGAAUAUUGUGAUGAUCAAUUUGGUUUGAAGAUUUCUUGCCUGAUGCAGCUUGUCUGCUUCUGAGUGUAGAAACCAGUAUGACUCCUGUAUGAACAUGUUCUAUCAUUAAUGUGCGUUGAUUGGGGAGAAUCUCAUCAUGCUAUUGAACAUUAUGAGAAAGGAAGAGAACUUUUAUUAGUGAGUUGUAGAACAGUAGAUGACCCUUUGGGAUUAUUUAUACAGCCGUGCGAAUCAAUUCUCAUUCCUCUUAAGCUAGAUUAUUCGAAUUUUAAGAAACUACUCAUGAUGUCCUUUAUAGGAAAUAAUCUUCAGUUCAAACUAAUCUACUCAGUAAAAUCUAUGAAAUAAAGCAUGACAUUGUAACAUCUACUCAUUCUAGAGAUGAUCAACAUUCAAAUCUUUCUACACUCCCUCUCUAUUUGGGUUGUGGUUGUGUGUUGCGCUUACUACCCCGUCUCUCUUUAUCUUCUUAUCAAAAAUCUUAUUUGGGCUGAAGAAUAUUGUGAUGAUCAAUUUGGUUUGAAGAUUUCUUGCCUGAUGCAGCUUGUCUGCUUCUGAGUGUAGAAACCAGUAUGACUCCUGUAUGAACAUGUUCUAUCAUUAAUGUGCGUUGAUUGGGGAGAAUCUCAUCAUGCUAUUGAACAUUAUGAGAAAGGUAGAGAACUUUUAUUAGUAAGUUGUAGAACAGUAGAUGACCCUUUGGGAUUAUUUAUACAGCCGUGCGAAUCAAUUCUCAUUCCUCUUAAGCUAGAUUAUUCGAAUUUUAAAAAACUACUCAGGAUGUCCUUUGUAGGAAAUAAUCUUCAGUUCAAACUAAUCUACUUAGUAAAAUCUAUGAAUUAAAGCAUGGCAUUGUAACAUGUACUCAUUCUAGAGAUAUCAACAUUCAAAUCUUUCUACACUCCCUCUCUAUUUGGGUUGUGGAUGUCGAUCACAGCCAACUCGAACCUUGAUUUCUCAAAAUUGUCCCUGGUAGUACAUUAGUGAGAAUAUUUGUCUGGUAACUUCUUGGUACAUCUGUUAGUUUCUUCUCCAUGCCUUUUAUCUUCUCUGCAUUAAAUCUGUUCUACAUGCUUCGUGUUAUUUCAGUGAAGUAAAGGUUUGGAGAUUUUAAGCAAACAGCUGAAACAUCACAAUCACAAUCACUUAAACAUUUUUUUCAUUGACUUGUUAAGAACAGCCUCCCCAGUUUUAUUUUUCAAGUAAUGGAGUAUUCGUAUUAUCAAGUUUUUCUGGCUGCUUGACCAUAUUAACAACAAAACUAAUACCUAUUCCUGUGUGAGGUAAGUCAUUUAGUAGUUCAGUUUUCCAAUAAAUUGUUUAUACUUGCUACUUCUCCUCCAUCUCAACUUUACUGAUCGGGUCCAGUGGAGUUGAGUUCUGGUUGAUUUGCAGUAUGUUACUCUGACUUUGCGGUUUCGGCUUCCUUACUCAUGUCAGGCACUUGUACACGAUACUUCUUCUGUGUCAGUCCUUUGAUUGAAAUUUGGACAUUUGUGACAACCAAAAGGCCACAUUUGGGAUAAGCUAAGGAUGCAAGAAGAAAAAGGCAAGAAAGGAGAAGUAAGAAAAGAGACAUUUAAUCUGCAAAGUGUUUUAAAAUCCAUCUAUACCUUGCAUUUUCUAAAUUGUCAUCAUCUCCCUCGAGUCCUUUCAUGUUUAUUGCAUGGUUCGGUAAAAUUUGUAAAAACUUUGACUAGAUUUCAAGACUCUUCUGGGAACCGACCCAACUAAUUGUUAGAGUC